GUCCUACACAGCACAACUAGUUAACUGCACCCCGCUUCCUGUUAGCAGCUCUUUGGAUUUACGUGAAUGUCGUUCGGCUUCUCUGCACCUCGACUAUGUCGGUAGUGAGUUGAUAUACGUUUUAAAAAUAAUGGGGAGUCACAACUCUAUAUCUUAAAGGUAGUAAUUAGCUAGCAAUAGCGACUUUAAAGUCAGAGCCCGCCCGUUUGUGCUCCUUAAACAAAACGUUAAGCUAAGCUAAAUGGAUUAUUGAGCUGUUUAAGAUGUCGUGGUUUAAUUAUGUCAGUCAAAGCUCAAGUCAACACCAGCCCACUGACAAUCAAGGAAUUACAGGCAUCCUGUGCAGUUCUCCCAACCCAGUGUUCACGUGCCCUGCGAGUUUCCCUGCUCCCAGCUUGGGUGAAUUUCCCCCAGCUCCUCAAGGUGUAGUCAGCCCUCCCAGCCUUGAGAAGCUGUCCUGCGCUUCUCCGAGUGCAGGUCAAGUUAGAGAGCCCGAACCCAUCUCCUACGUAACCUUCCAGGAGCAGCGGUGUGUCCUGAGCUGGUUCCAGAGCUGGACUCCCGUUCAGAGGGAGCGGUUUCUCCAGGACCUUCUGGGGAAAGCUGUGCCGGGGAAAGUGUGCACCCUCCUAGACUCACUCAGCACUCUCCAGGUUAAAGACAAACUUCCAAACAUCUUUGAAUGCCAGCUCCGCCUGUGGACGCAGUGGUUUGAGUCUUGGGGAGAAGAGGAGAGGAAUCAUUUCCUACACAUGCUGGAAGAGCGGGACCCGGAUUUUGUUACCCACUUUUACAGGAGUGUAGCGGGUACAGCAGGAAGAGACUGAGCAAUGUUUGCAUUGUGAUAGAAAAGCAAGUAAUAAAGGGGUGAUGUGUGGUGUGGAAAA